AUCGCUAGUUACUCCACGUGCUGCCAGUCUGGGUCACCUUUAACCAAGGUCCCAGCUAAGCCGCCGGCAGUGGGCGUGGCCGUGCGGUGACGUAACGGGCCGGGGGUGGAGCUGUCUCGUAGCGGAUCUGUACCCAGGAGGGAAGCCAUGUGGCCGGGUAUACGCCUGCUCCGCCGCCCGCUCAGCACCCUAUCAGCCCGGGGGCUCGUAUACGAGAAGCACGGGGAGCCCUUGCAGGUGCUGCGGUGAGACAUGGGAUCAUGGGAAAUUAAGCCGGAGCAUCCUAGGACAGCACAGCAUCAUGGGAGGAAGGGCAAAGGGAAGUGUGUGGCGCCUAGCAUCAUGGGAGGAGGGGCACAGCACCUUUCAAUAUAUAUGUAUAGCAUAGUAUGGUAGAGUGCCCGCGGCUGGGAAUGCUGUCGUGUCGCAGAGCCUUCUGGGAAUGGAAGAGUGGAAGCCAGUUGAGCGAGCAAUGCAUCAUGGGAACAUGUCAUGAGACACUCGUAACCUGUAAAGCAACCUGGGAAGAGAGAGCAGCCCUCAGCAAGAAUUAGCAAGGCAAACAUGCUAUUCUGUGCAAGGAGCUAAAUAUGGAGCAAUCGCCAUGGAAACCAAUAGGGCACUUUGUACCCUUAAAGCACCUGUUUGUCCAGAUAAAUCUCUCUCCUGAAAUGUCAUUUCCUGAAACAAUAGGAGUUAUUCAUUACACAGUGAAUGGAAGUUAUCCAUGCCUUGUGCUAUUUAUUCUUUAAAGGACCACUAUAGUGCCAGGAAAACAUACUCGUUUUCCUGGCAUGAUAGUGCCCUGAGGGUGCCCCCACCCUCAGGGUCCCCCUCCUGCCGGUCUCUGGGGGGAGAGGAAGGGGUUAAACUUACCUCUUUCUCCAGCACCGGGCGGGGAGCUCUCCGCCUCCUCUUCGGCUGAAUGCGCAUGCAGGGCAAGAGCUGCGCGCGCAUUCAGCCAGUCUCAUAGGAAAGCAUUUACAAUGCUUUCCUGUGGACGCUGGCGUCUUCUCACUGCGAAGAUCACAGUGAGAAGCACGCAAGCGGCUGUCAAGAGACAGCCACUAGAGGCUGGAUUAACCCUAACAUAAACAUAGCAGUUUCUCUGAAACUGCUAUGUUUAUAGAAAAAAGGGUUAACCCUAGCUGGACCUGGGCACCCAGACCACUUCAUUAAGCUGAAGUGGUCUGGGUGCCUAUAGUGAUUCUUUAAUGGUUUUAUAUUUGACAUGACAUACUUGGCUGCCCUGGUGCAGUCAAGAAGCCCCCACAGGCUGUACACACAGGUAUGGAAUGAGUGUUCAAUUUACCAUGCACUUGGGUGACCGGGCACCCAUAGCAUGAGCUUUGCUGGAGUGCUUGCAUAAGGGCUUAAAGCAGCCCUGUGAAUUCCCUCCUAUGCAAGAUGAGUAUUUCAUAAUUAGAAAAGCUUCUGGAAAUACGUUGACCAGUUAGAAUGUCACUGCAAUUACAACUCAUUCAAAUUAUACUGAGUAGCAUUCUGCAGUACUGGCCCAGGAAGCACCUCUAGCAGCCAUCUGAUGAGUGGACAGUGGAGUUAUCACUAGGCUGCAAUGUAAACACUGCAUUUCUCUGGAAAAUAAACAGUGUUUACAGCAAAAAGCCUGAAGUGAAUGAUCAUACUCACCAGAAUAAAUACAAUAAGCUGUAGUUGUUCUGGUGACUAUAGUGUCCCUUUUAAUGAAUACAUUUUAAUGUGUAGAUCAUGGCCCUGCAGUCUCAAUGUUCAAUUCUCUACCAUUUCGGAGUCAAAGGGACUCUAUAGGCACCCAGACCACUUCCGCUCAUUGAAGGGGUCUGGGUGCAGUGUACCUUUUGCACUUCGUGCUGCAAUGUAAAACAUUUCAGUUCCAGAGAAACUGCAAUGUUAACAUUGUAGCUCUAAGUCUGCCUCCAGUGGCUGUCUACCAGGACCUUUGGUCCGAUAUCAAACGCUGAACGUCUUGACGCUGUGCGUUAGGUCAUCCAGUGUCAGAUUUUAUUUUUUUUUCCUGUAGGAAAGCAUUGAUUCAAUGCUUUCGUAUGGGGAGGUCUAAUGCGUGCAUUAGCACCCGCUUGUCGUGGGUUAGUUAGGUUCAUUUUCGGUAAGUGUUUAGGAAGGCUGUGCAAAUCACAGGCAGGGAGGUGUGACUAGAGCUGUAUAAAUAGUGAUUUAACUCCAGAGAAUUUAGCAGUGAGACUGCAGGGGCAUGAUCUAUACAUCCAAAUUGCUUCAUUAACCCCUUCAUGACAUGUGUGACAUGUCAUGAUUCCCUUUUAUUCAAGAAGUUUGGUCCUUAAGGGGUUAAACUAAAGUUGUUUUGGCGCCUUUUGUGCCCCUUUAACAUUCAAAUAUCAAUCUAAAGAAAAAAGGCAAAAAUAAAAAUGUACUAACCACAGAUUACUCCGUUACUGAAGGUGUAACUGCAACUCCAGCAGGGUCAUUGGGUUGUCAUCAGCCAGCCCGGAACUAGAUUUCUGCUCAGGCAAAUGUAAUAUCUGUGCAACAAUAAUUUGUUGAGGAGUCAGCUUAGCCCAUGCAUUGCAUCAGUUACAUCUUCUGGGGCUCUUCAGAAGCACGUCACAAAGAAUGUCAAACCCAGGUAAAGGGGGCAAACCAUUGCUAAACCAUUUGCUCUAUUACUGAGUAACAGAGCCAGGGUACUCCAAGCAUCAUGACCAUGAUGCUAAGUUUCACAACAGUAACAGAAAUGUUGCAGUUUUCUGGAGUUGGAUCAUUUCUACAAUUUACAGGAAUUAAUUAAUGCUUUAAUUAGUUAAUGCUGUUGAAGUAUAAAAAAUACUAAAUGAAGAGGAUAUCAUUCCUGUCAGUUGCUGAGAUUUAAACCACAUUCUAUAUUUUAUUCAACUGCUUUAAACUUGAACAACCACUUUAGAACAUUUUAAACACCCCACCUAUAAAAACAUGUAACUUUUACACCUUUGUCCCUUUACAGAUUACAGAAUUUGGAAGUCCCAUCUCCUGGUGAUUAUGAUGUCAGAGUUAAAAUAUUGGCUGCCCCUAUUAACCCUUCAGAUAUUAACAUGGUGCAAGGUAAGGUUUCAGAUUACACUUUCAGUAUAAAUUCACCUUCCAUUAGGCAAACAAAAGCAGUUCUAUUUAAAUAUGCAUAGCAUUUUCAAACGUUUUGUUUAUACGUUACUUUAUUCCAAAGAAGAGAAUGUUUAAAUGUUUGUGUGGGUUUUUUUUGUGUGUGUGUGUGUGUGUGUGCUUGUUAAUAUACAUGGGUUACACAAAGGUCUUAGAACAAUGAAAAUCUUUACUAAGAUUGGCUUUAUUCACCAUCCCCAUGCAAAGUGUAUGUGAAGGGAGGCCAAACUGGUAAUCUGCCUAAGGCUGUGUGGUUAUUCUUCUCUGGGUGUCUACAUGACUGAGUGUGAAUUAUGCAGGCUUUGCCAAUUUCUCACCAGUCACUCACUGUGCUCUGAUGAGCAACCCGGGAGAAACGCGCGCGUCAGGGGUAUAGGACGCCUAGUCGGCAAUAUUCAUGCUCUUAACCAGCACUGCCGAUACUUUGCGAGUUAUCUUACUCUCUAUGGGCAUCCUGCGACCGAGUGAAAGUCCAUUAUUCACUAAUAUUACUAUCCAUUUAUUUUCUAUUAUCUUUGCUAUACUGCUGUUGUAUGGGGGGGACUAGUGUUAGAGCAGGCAUUUGAUAAGGGGUGCCCACGAAGGCACGUUAGUUUUAUCUGUUAAACCUAACCAUAGGCUCGUGCUACACUCUUUCCUCUCCUCCUACAGUUUUUUUGUUCCGAUAAUCUUGUAGGGACUUUAAGGUGACCAGGCGAUCUACAUAGAUCCUGCUUAAUAGAGGCAUUCCUUGUGCACUUGAUACAUUUUUUCACCACUUAGUCCUGAUUAUUCGGAUACAACAAUUAGUAUGGACUGAAUAUCUCGGUCUUCGUUUAUUUAUUAUUUUUAUUUAUUGACCACGUUUUGUUAUUGAAACUAUUUUUACCAAAUACUUAUUAAAAGUUAAGUUUUAUAUUUUCUCCACUUGUGACAACUGAUACUAUUAAUUUAGGAAUACACCUACUGGUAUAUAUAUUUUUUUUUUUUUCUAUUUCUUUUUUUCUAUUCUUGUUUAUAUAACAGUACAGUGUUCUUUGUGACUUAUUCAAUUUUCUGAUUUUAACAAUUGUAAAUUUACCAUUCCCUAUAUUCACUUAUAAGACCACAGAUAUGCUCAGAGUAAUCUGCUCUCCUCGUAUUUUCAGGAACCUAUGCUCUUUUGCCGGAAUUACCUGCUGUGGGAGGCAAUGAAGGCGUAGGUGUUGUUGCAGAAAUCGGAAAUCAUGUUACAUCUGUACGACCUGGUGACUGGGUGAUCCCAGUAGAUGCUGGCCUUGGUAAGAAUAGACCAAAAAGACACUAAACUAGCUACGCUAAUAAGAGAAUAAUACUUUCUUUCCUCUACAGCUUUCUAAUGUCAACUUUGCUUCUCUGUUUAAUCUCCUAUUUUAUUCAGGGUAGACUAGUUUUAGAGAAGAUAACUCUAUAUUCCUCUUAAAGGCACGAAAUUAUGUCGGAAACCCAUUACUGCCCUUUUCAUCACUUUGCUAGGGGCUUGCAUAGAUGCCGAUUUUUAGUAUGUGCUAGCCUGGAAUGGAUUUUCACACAUUAUCUUAGCUGCCUGAAAAGUAGAGAGCAUUAAUUAAACCACAUCAGAUCAAUGCUAGUACUAGACAUUUAAAGACACUCGUAACUUAUGGAGCAUCUGGAAAACCAUCUUUCGAUUGCUUUUUUAGCAGAGCUGCUAUUUCCUCUUCAUUGUUGGACUUUCAUAAAUGAAUAACAAACAAGUGUAAUCAUUCAACAAGUUUAUUAAAUAUUUUGUUGUGCCAGUACUAUCUGCACUUGCACUCAAUGAUCUCGUCCCCAAGAUUAAACAGAUCUUUUGCUGACAUAUCUACUGGAUAAUUUACUGGAUAAAUUACUGGUACUAUUUUAAUUACUUGGAGCAAUAUGAACACCUUGCUAGCAGCUGUGAAGUGAGACAUUUAAAAGUCACCACUGGUAUUGGUUCCAGUGUGGUUUAUUUUUCACUCCAUGUAGUUCAGAUGAGCUGUAAUAGUAACAAAACCUAUGAUGCAUCAAAUCUCAUUUGUAGCUAAAAAUGCAGUCAAGCAUGUUUCAUAGUAAAAAAAAAAAAAAUACAUUCUGGAGUAAAUUAUUGGCACCAAUACAACUUUAAUGCGUUUUGGCAAAUUUUUGCCUCAAUAAUACGCUGCGUUUUUGCUUGCAGAGGACAGAAAAAAGUAUAUAUUUUUUUUUUUUUUUUUUAUUAGCCUGCCUCCUUGGUUUUGCCCCCAAUUCGAGCAUUGUCUUCUUUAUCCCUGUAUGUAUGAAGCUCAGCCACCACCAGCAUUGAUUUCCCUCCCUUUUGUAUUUGAACCAAACCCUUUAGUUCCAAACAAUAUGUCCUGCAUUUCCUAGAAUGCCCAUGCCCCACUGUCAAACCAGCAAUAUAUUUGAAUGGGCUUAUAUAUGCUAUCAUGACCAUUGCAAUAUAUUUUGAAAUGUGUCGCUCUACUAAUAAUCACACACCUAGACAUCAGUAAAUGUCAGAAUCGUGAUGUGGAUGAUUUGUAACUAAUACAAGAAAAUUACUAUUGCUACUAUUCUUUCUCUGUGCUCUUUCUUUUUUUUUUCUUGUCUUUUAUCUGUUGUUAGGUCAAAUACCUAUGUGUCUAACUUGAACCAUAUGAAGAACAGAGCAAUGGUAAAACAAUGUCCCCAAAUACAAGGUCAGCAAGCCAACCCUGGAAAAAGCCAGUCGUGGGUAAAAUGCCAAGUCAAUGAAACUCCUUGUACUCCACAGACACACAAUCUUUAACACCAAACCUAUAUAUGAGGAGAAUCCUAUAUUCCCUCUCUAUGUGACCAACACAGCUGAUAUUUUAUGACUAGAAGAUUUUUAACAAGGCCUUGAGACCAUAUGAAAGCUUCCAUUCAUUCUCCAUCUGCACUAAUUCAAAGUACCCUUUCACCCUCUACUCCCCAUUGAGUGACUUCUUGGUAUGAUUCGAGUUGUAUAUUCAAAUUUCCACCUUGUAAGCAACAAGUUGAGUUUAUUGGACUUGUCUGUUAAUAAUUAACAGAUGUAUAUGCAGGAAUUCAUUUAAAUCACUGUGCGCCACUUUGUGUACCUUAAAUGUUAAACUGUAUGUAUCCCAUCACCAGGGAUGGGCUGACAGUAUUCUGGGCCCCUUGGCAAAAUUAGACUCUGGGCCCUCUCCAAGCCAUUACAUAAAGUCCAGCCAUAGAUUUACCUCUGUGUUAAAGGAACACUCCAAACACAUAGAGCACUUGAAGUGCUCCUCUACUGCUUGCCUGCCUACUCUGCGAGGGAGAGAGAGGCUGGCGUAAGACAUACCUCCGGUCCCACCCCUCCACACAGGCUGAGCUGCCAGCCAUAGGGACCCUCAAUGCUGAAUACCAAAUUGGGGAGUUCUGUAUACUUCCUAGCUAGUACAUUGCUUCUCAACAGUAUGCGGACUACCAGGAGCCUCUGUCCAUUUGUCUAUGACCAAACUGCCAGAGUGCUCCGUCCUCUCCUGUCCAUCACUUUAGGCUAUGCAUCAUUAUGAGCUUUUCAGAAUUAAAGUCAAUAGGGAUCUGACCCGAGAUACUAAAUUAUCUGGGCACUUUCAGCCAAGAAUGAACCAGUGUAAAUGUUUAUUUACACCUGGUAAUACCAUACACAGCCCUUUUUGUUAAAAUGAGAUACAAUUUAUGUAUUAGAAAUUUUAAAAAGUGAAAAAUGCUGAUUUAUUUAUUUUUUAUUAUGAAAAAGAAACAAAAUGGUUUGAAACAUUUUUCUCUACAAAUAAUGUAAAAAAUGUUUAAAGCGUUUCUGUAACCACCUCUACUGCCCGCUAUUGUGAUUUUUGAUAUUGGGAGUACCCUGGCAACAUUCCUCUGUAAUGGGGCAUACGGUUGCUUUUACCUGGGUCCUGCUGGAAGCUAAGCCUCCUUCGAUGGCAGCUGGAUGAUAUCCAGCUUUUGCAGAGCUGAAUGCAGAAGCCGGAUGCCAAUCCUGCUGCUCCUCAUUCUUAGGUUGCUAGCAUUAGCUGAGUGCUCUCAGCCCAUGAAUGAGUGUCUUUGCACAGAGCUCUUAUGCUGGGCUGGCUAACGUUGCUGCCAGAGAGGGGAGUUACACCUACUGUAGCUAGCCCAGAUUUAUUUACAUCUAAGAGCAAGAUCCUAGUCCAUGUAAAGUAUAACCUUACAUGCAAAACAACUUACCUCAGGGCAAUCAAAAACUUUCAGUAUUUGAUUAUGCUCAAGAAGUAAGACACGCUUUAAAUAUUUUCAUGCAGGACAUUUUAACAUUUUAUACUGUGGCUGAAAUCUGAGAGAAUCUUGGUCAUUUAAAUCGUGUAACUGCAAGGUCUGUUCUGUAUGCUGACACUCAUUAGAGGUUCUCUGGGGUUUAGGAAACUUGACAAAACCAUCAUGACUGUAGGCUUUUUUUUUUAUUUUUUUAUUUUUUUAAAGACUAUCUUUAUUUUUGUUUUCAACAGUUAAGUAUGAAAAAAGCUCACAAUAAGUAGAUUCACAACAGUAUUUCAAUGGUAACAUGUUUAUAAUUAACAGCCGUGUAGUGGGCCCACUAUCUAGCCUAUGGUUUGUUAUAGUGGUGCAGAGAUCGUCUCGAUGUUGCAAAUUGAUGUCGGUGACGUAUCACCAUGGUAGGGAAUUCCUGUUGCGUCAUGUAGUUGGGUGGGGAGGCGGGUAUCUCCCGGAAACUCAUAGCUCCAGGUAUGUUGGGGGAGUCAGGUGUGAUCCGCAUCCCGCCCCAACCAUCCCCACCCCACCCCGCCCGAGCCAGGUAAGCCCGCGUACCGCUAUUGGACGGUGAUGACUCAGUGGCCUUGCCCGCUAAAUCUGCUCGUGCGUCUACUCCAGAGGCACUGUCUCAAUUUUGGGUGCUGAAUAGGGUAACAUAGCCAUGGGGAAAACCGUGGCGCGUAUGAGGGUCCGACCUCCCACCUCAAUACCUGAGCGUAAGUCACUCGGCCCCGGCCCGAGGCCAUCUCGGGGGUUUCAUGUGUAGAGCAGGCACGUCCAGUUAGCGGGUCAGUCUUAGGGUGUGUCAGGUUGUUCGUACGUGGGUCUCGCUUCUGUCACGCUGUUUGUCGUGGUUGUGUGUGCUAGUAGAGUGAUGUGGUCGCCAGUCAUUGUUCCUUAGUCCAGUCAGAGAGGCUCAGGCACAGGAGCGGAAGGGAGAGCGUGUAUGGAAGGAUGAAAGAGAAGAAUUGGAGAGAGAAACCAGAAUAAAAAAGGGGGGGGGGGGGAAGGGGACACGUAUCUCUUAAGCCGCCACUCUUAGCCUCAUAGUGUCCCGCAUCAGGAUAGACCCGUCGGGCCCACGCACCCCUACCCAUGUCCCAGCCAUCACCAGCACGUGAGUGGCCAGAUCAGCUGACCCGGCCCUUUUUUUGGCCUUUACUCCUCUCCUCUGGUGAUGACUGUAGGCUUAAUUCCACACAAGGUCAGCCAAAAACAGUUUUUCCAAGGAUUAAAUAUUUUUUUUGUUUUCUUUUUUUACACAAAUACACAAAAUCUGGUUCUCUUCCAAUAAUGUGUUGAUUCUUAUAAUUAAUAUAAAGUAGGUUAGUUUUAGUUUCACCAUACUAACUUCUAAUGAUCUCUGAGGAUGCAUGAGAGCUUAGGUCUCAUUGCCCACAACACUUAUCUUCCAGGUUUUCUUAAAGCGGCACUGUCAUGCCGAACAUACCUUUUUUAUUUAAUCAAUUCCUCUUCUCUCCCUCUGUCAGGAUCUGUUAAUUUCUUCCUGUCUGCUCUAGUUUUCUUUAAAACAUAAGACAAAGUAGGGGCUACUCUGUCUUAUGGAGGUUUCCUACGCAUGACCAGCGGAGUAGCAAAGUGUGCUUCAUUUCCAGUGGUCAGAGCAAGUUUCCCACAAUUCUCACCUUUGAUCCGUGAUCUUGCGAUGCUUCCUGUCAGUAUUCCCGAACGUCCUGUUACUUAGACAGAACACAUGCAAAACUACUGAAUUUCAUCCUAACAGAAUGGGAACAGUUUCUUCAUUGGUGUUAGGACGCAUUUCGGGACUUUGUUCAAAUGAAUGAAACUCUGAUCCUAUUCGUGCCACUGAUGAAUCUUGCAUCCGCUUAGUAGAUAACUCCCUAAUUCUCACGGUAUCAGGGAGCUAUCUACCAAAAGGUUACAAAAGAUUACUUCGUAUUAGUAAAUAAUCGGCCUCUACUCGCUAUAUCGCGAGUAAGGCAUGUCUACCAAACAGUGAGCAGCCUGUGGCUGCUCACUGUUAAAAAAAAAUAAAUAAAAUAAAUAAAAGGCCCCUAGUGUCCCCACUCCUGAGCCACCAUCCGUGCCGAGCGAGUGGGGGCUCUUAAACUGAAUAGGGCACCUAUUGGCCCCCACCCGCGGCUCAUGGGUGAGGUCCGGGGGGGGACAACAAUAGGUCCCGUCCCCCCCUAGUUAUUUAGGACCCCCACCCAGGGGAGACGAGGGCGCAAUAGGUCCACCGUUCAGUUUAAGAGCCCCCAUUUGCGCGGCUUGGGAGGGGGGACACCAGGGAUUUGUUUGGUUUUUUUUUAACACCGUGAGCAGCCACUGGCUGCUCACUGUUUACUGGACAUGCCCGUUACUCGCAAUAUAGCGAGUAGGGGCAGAAUUUAUUAACACUAAGUAAUCUUUACUUAGUAUUGGUAAAUUUGGCUGAAAGAACAAUUUAGGUCUUUCAGCCUUUUGGUAGAUAGCUCCCUGAAAACGUGGGAAUUAUGAAAUUCCGAUCCGAACAAAGUCCUGAAUUGCGUCCUAACACGAAUGAAGAAACUGUUCUCAUUUGGUUAGGAUGAAAUGGUUUCGCUAGCGUUCUGUCUAAGUGACAGGACGUUCGGGAAUACUGACAGGAAGCAUCGCGAGAUUACGGGUCAAAGGUGAGAAUUGCAGGAAAAUUGCUCUGACCACCGGAAAUGAAGCGCACUUUGUUCCUCCACUGAUCAGGCGUAGGAAACCUCCAUAAGACAAAGUAGUCCCUACUUUGUCCUAUGUUUUAAAGAAAACUAGAGCAGACAGGAAAAAAUGAAGAACAGAUCCUGACCGAGGGAGAAAAGAGGAAUCGAUUAAAGAAAGGUACGUUCCUCCUCAACUUUGAGCUCUCACAUUUUACAUACUAUUGUAACGUCUGUUUUUUGCAUGUAUAAUCCUUCAUUUACACCAGAACUUCCUUCUACCACUGCUAGAUUUUUUUUUUCCUUUCCCUUCAUCCUCUCAUUUUUCUUUUAAUCCCAUUUAUUAGUUCAUUUUCAUUAUUAUUGACAUUAUUUAUUUUUUCCAGGUACAUGGCGCACAGAAGGAUUGUACAAUGAGUCAUCCCUUGUUCGGGUCCCCAGUGACAUACCUGUGGUGGGAGCAGCAACUCUGAGUGUCAAUCCAUGUACUGCAUAUAGGUUACUGUCUGAUUAUGAGACCCUUCGACCAGGUGAAGGAAAAUGAAGUGAGAAUGUACAAGGAAGCAAAAAACGUAUAGAAUUAUUUACAACAAGCAGUUUGAGCUUUGAAAGCAAGGGAAAUAAAAGGGAACUCUGGGUUUUAUUAAGUUUGGAAUGUGUUUCCAUAUUUAAAGAUUUCUGAAUAGAUCACAAUUUCGCAGUUUUGUUUGGGUAUUUACAGCCAGUUGGGAUUGCAAAAAAUUGGAACAGGUAUAGGUGUGUGUUUUAUAUACAGGUAUCCAAACACUCAUUGAUGUGCAUUGUUUGACCACAUUAGGAUUAGGUUAGUGCCAGAUUUAGUAAAGCCAAAUUUAAUUUGGUGCCCAAACUUAAAGGGACACUAUAGUCACCAGAACAACUACAGCUUAUUCAAUUUGUUCUGGUGAGCAGAAUCAUUAUUUUCAGGCUUUUUGCUGUAAACACUGUAUUUUCAGAGAAAAUGCAGUGUUUACAUUACAGCCUAGUGAUAACUUCACUGGCCACUCCUCUGAUAGCUGUUAUAGAUCCUUCCUGGGUCAUGGCUGCCUAAAAUGCAACCAAACGUUCAGUAUCUCCUCCCUCUGCAUGCAGACACUGAACUUUCCUCAUAGAGAUUCAUUGAUUCAAUUCAUCUCUAUGAGGAUUGAAUCAUGCUGGCUCUGCCCCUGAUCUGCCUCCUUGUCAGUCUCAGCCAAUCCUAUGAGGUAGCACUGUGAUUGGAUCAGGCUUCCUCUUCUGAUGAUGUCAGCAGACUGCUUGUUUUAUUUUUUGAGGCAAACAGCAUGCAGAUCUACAGCUUCUGGCUUGAAUACAGUAAGAUUUUGCUAUAUUUAUGGAGGCAUGAGGGGCCCAGGGGGGCUAGAUGGUGGUUUUAACACUAUAAGGGCAAGAAUACAUGCUUGUGUUCCUGACCCUAUAUUGAUCCUUUAAACUUUAAUUGUGAACAAAUGUGGCUUCAUAGCCAUACUUCUGUUUCUUAAUCCUUAAGCCUGGUAUUAAGUCUAAUGAUCUAUACCUAAACCUAUACGUCUAAAUUUGCAUAUGCGGUGAUCUCACAAUGUUAUUUCACAGGCUUGCAGAAGGAAAUGUCAUGAGUUGAUGAAAAAAAAAAUUGUGUUAAAUAAUUUUAAGAAAGCAGUGUAUUUUUUUCUAUAUUGGUCUCAUACAGCACAAUUCAAGACAUGAGGAAAAACAUUGUCUAAUAACUUUUUCAAGAGACUAACAAAAUUUAAUUAAAUUUAUUAAAAUGCACCCAAUGAGUUAAACAUAUGCAAAUCCUUGCAUGUAUAACAAAAGUAGAAAUAAGAGGGAAAUUCAGCUUCUUUGUAAGCUUUGGUCAAGUAACACAGAUAAUAGGCACAGUAAAUAAUACAUCCCCUGUCUGCCCCUAUAGAUAUCACUCUUUGUACAAUAGUGUAUUCUGCCCGCUUCAGCAGCUUGCUUCUGGAAUACAGAUUAAGGAAAGGUGUGCACACACAAAAAUACAACUAUACAUUUUACAAGACACGAGAGUAAAGCAGUGAUUUAGGCUCCUGGCGCUGAAGCACCAGUUGUUGAAAUGGAGCAGUGCGAGAAAGAUGGCACCCGCGAGGGACAGGCAUAUGUAAUAAUUUAUUUACAUAGCGCCAACAAGUUCCGCAGCGCUGUACAAUGUAAUCUCACCUUUACCUGCCAACGAGAAACCAGUGGUGAUGUCCCCAUUGGGGACCUUGCAAAUUCUGCAAAGUUUCAAGACUGUGACAGUGCCACUUUAAGAAUUAUCUUAACAUCAUGAGAAAGACAUUGGUGGGCAGUUUCAUGCCUUCCUGUUUAGAACUCUACACCAGAUCCAUCGAUUAUUGGAGGAAUGCAAUCUACCAGACAAACAAAUCUAUGCAGAAGUUGUAGGCCUUUAAUUCAUUUUCCUCCCCAAUCCCUCAGUAUGAAUAUCUCUUCAGUUUAGGGCUAAAUUAGGUCUGUUCACGGUUUGAUGUUCUUAAUUCAGAAUAUAGUUACUUGAUGGGGUACUUGUUGGAAGGGUCCUUUGAAAUUAACCCAUACAUUUUUGUUUCCCAUAGGUGACUCUAUAAUACAAAAUGCCAGCAACAGCAGUGUGGGCCAAGUUGUUAUACAAAUUGCAGCAUCACUUGGUAUUACUACCAUUAAUGUUGUACGAGAUCGGUAGGUGUAUAAAUAGUCAUUUGGUUUAUGUGAGCAUUACAAGUUUGUAACACAGCAUGCUAUGUGAUAAUAUAUGCAUUACCUGUUGAAUCCCGAAAAUUGGUGAACAUAAUCAUGCAAGACCUUCAGAAAGAAAAUGGUUGCACCUAGUUAAUGGUGAACUUUUACAAGUUUGGUUCACCUGAAUAAUUUUUUUCUGGUAAUUUUAAAAUUAAAAAAAAAAAAAAAAGGAUAAUGAAUCCUGUUGAUAACCUCAUAUAGGAACAGGAAUAAUAACUGGGAUCCCAUAAAAGUGCCAAUCUGUUUGAUAGUAUAAUACAGCAAAUGAUGUUUGACAUCAUGGAUAGUAUUGUGGGAAAAUAAAUGUUGCAGACUGAAGCUGUGACUGUAGAAAUAUUUAUCAAGUUGUAUGGAAGCACUUGUAACAGGACUGCUGUGAUACAUCUAUCUGUCUGCAGGUCGGAUCUCAGUAGUCUGGUACAGAGGCUCCAUGACCUAGGAGCAGAUCAUGUCAUCACAGAAGAUGUCCUUCGCAAGCCAGAGAUGAAAGAGUUGUUCAAGGUAUUUAAAAAAAAAAAAAAAUCCUCAUUUUUACCAAGUAUUUAUACCCUUGUACAAAUACUCCCUGAAAAGUGUUUUUUUUUUUGUUUUUUUUUUUUCUUUCUAAAAUCUCCACUUGUUUGCAGAAAUGUCCCCGUCCAAAGCUAGCUUUAAACUGUGUUGGUGGGAAAAGCACAACUGAGAUGUUGCGCCAUUUGGAGUAAGUAUUUUUAGGUAGUGAUUCAAAGACUGAUUACUGAAUUAUGAAAUAAUUGUGCUCUGGUAAAGGUUAUUUAUUUUAGUACAUUCCUGAAUGUGCCAUCAGUUAAUCAACUGAGUGCUCCAUAACAUGGAGGACUUAGUGUCAAUAAAGUACCUUUCCCUAAUGUUAAAUAAUACAUACUAUGGGACCUGUUCCCUAAACAUUGUAGAAGGAUAACUGGUGGGGGAAGCUUAGGAUGCAUAUAACAUGCAGUGAGAGCACUUUUAGAAUGGCACUGCUUUAUAAAUGUCUGGCACAGGAUGCAAGAAAUGAAUCCAGUUUUGUAGUCUUAAUACAAUUUCAAGAGUUUUUAAACCAGAAUGCAAUCCAGUAGCUUGGUACCAAGGGCCUAAUUUGUAUCUUCUUGCCAGUUCUUGGCUAUACAAUUUGAAGUACACAAUUUCAUUCCGUGUAUUUGAAUUCUCAGCCAAAAUAAAAAUAGUUACCAAAUUCACAUUUUUAUUUUAUUUUUUGCAAUGAGCUUUGAACAGUGCUUUCAAUGCAGUGUGCCUAAAUUGUAGAGGUUUAUGAACGAAGUACCCAAUUGCAGUGAAUUGAAAAUGAAUUGCAAAAUAAAGUGAAUUAUUACGAAUUAGCACAUAUUGCAGUUUUGUUUUUGACUCCCUGUUUACUGGAUAUAUUUAUAACUUUGUUGCAAUGGUAAAAUUGUAAUAAUGGCAAUUGAGCUCUUGCUUAUUAUGUGUUAUUGUCCUCUAGCUAUGGUGGCACUAUGGUGACAUAUGGUGGGAUGGCUAAACAACCAGUGACUAUACCUGUGGUAAGUUAUGUGUUGGGUUUUUUGGCGUAUUUUUUUAAUUGUGUGUAAAACCAGUUCAUUGGCUUUCAGUUCAGAUUCAGAGGCUGGUUUAAUGUUGUACGAUUAAGUGCACGAUCGAUGGGUUCCUUGCCUCUGAUAUAUAAAUUGACAGUUUGAGGACCAGAGGACAUCCCCAUGACCGACUCCCACACCUCUUGCAGAGAUUUGUGGAAAAACUGCUGGCAUCUAAAUAAGCCAAGAUCAUUACCCCGGACGCUAUCUUUAGGGUCCAAAAGCCACAGAGGGCACCGGAGUCAGCCCCCAGGGACCUGGUGGUGAGGUUCCGUGGCUCUGCGGAGAAGACUGCAGUGCUGGUGGCACUUAAAGGGUCCAACACCUACGAAUUUGAGAACAUGCGGUUCUCCUUCUCUGACCUGUCAGGGGACACUCUACAAUGGCGGAGGUCCCUCCGGUCGUUCACGACAGUGCUCCAGCAACACAAGGUUGGAUAUCGCUGGCGCUUGCCUUAGGCUCUUCAUGUCCUACAAGAUGACACAGUGCACACCGUCUCAGGUCUGCAGGGAGCAACUGCGCUGCUGAGCACAUUCAACUUGCCAUGGGACUCAUUACAGGUACUGGGCCCUUCGGAACCGACCACAGCGAUGAACAGAUGUGGCCCAGCCCAGGCACUCUUUCCUUCCCACUUCCAAAAUCGCACCAGAAGUGCACCAAACCAUGAAACAGGCAGGAGGUGCAUUUCUAGUUAAUAUAAGGCCUGUUACCCUGCAGCCCAUCGAUAACACAUGGUGAGCCACCCUGGAACAAUAGGCUAUUAGUUCACCACGCGAAGGCCACUAAAUCCUUUCGGUGAAAUCCCACAUGGAGUAUGCACCCUAGACCCGUUACCUACUCGCUUUCCCCAUUAGUACUUGCUGGUCCAUGUAGCUCCCUAUUGUGCCCUGGACCCACAAUCAAUACAGCGCAAGCGAUGACAUUUGAACCAUCUAGAUAACAUAGCUAGGCCCCACACGACCAGACUCAGAAGGGAAACACCCGUAUAGCACACUAGACACUCAAAAAUUAAAAACCCUCAUUUCCCUAGCCGAGCCAAAACGAGAUUCACUAAUAUGUACUAAUGUUUGACCAUAGUGACGAUUGUUAUAUAUGUUAUGUCAUAUAUAUAUAUAUUAUAUGCUUUUUCUUCUUCUUCUCUCAUGCUGGAGAUCUGAUUACAAAUGAAGAAUUUAAAAAGAAAACAAAACGCAUUAUUUAUAGUAUAUAUUUCUUGGUUUUAACUUUGGCUACGUUUGAUUAUUCUACAUUUUGUACUCCUUUGACUCUGCUUUGUACUCUCGCUGUUCCUGACUUCUGGCUCCCCUGACCUCUGCUUGUUCCUUAUUACUCUCUGUACUUGUGACGUUAGCCCGGCCACUCUAAGGUCUGGUACACAUUACUAUUCUACUACACUCUGUGUGUUUGAUCCCUAUAUAUUCCUGACAUUAUAGUGACAUCUGACCUUUAUUCCAGUCUGCUGGUGCUGCUUCAACCCCUGAUCUGCCUCCUUGGCUGACCUCAUCAGAAGUAAUAAUCUAAAAUUGUCAAGUCUGAGGAGGCAGGCUGCAGGCAGAGCCAAACACCACCCUGGCCAAUCAGCACCUCCUCAUUGAGAUGCAUUGAAUUUAUGCAUCUCUAUGCAGAGGGUGGAAUCACUGAAUGUCAGUGCUGUGCAGAACUGUCCCAGGAAGCCCCCUAGUAGCAAAGCGACCAAAAUCUGUCCCUGGGCACUUGCUUUCUAGCAUAUAAUGUGCUUUUGUGAAACUGUUUCUUCUUUCUAUUAGUGGAAUUUGUCAAACCCUUUUUAUGAUCUCUAUGGAAACUCCCCCAGGACGAGAUUAGUCUUGUGUGUCUCCAUUUUAACACUUGCCAUCACAGGUUUUGAAAGGAGGAGGAACUGUGACCUUCCCGAGAAUGCAACAUGGUUCAGAUUAAGUGCUCUGGGAAUGUUUAACCUUGCAAUCCAACCUGAAAAUCCUAGCUCAUUCCAACCCAGGAUGAUCCAGGGAGGGCACAUGCACUUUUUUAGUCUAUUAGCCAAAAGUCUAGCAAAAACCCUGACUAGAAUAUUGUUUUAUUUUUUUUAAAUGUUUUUACACUAGGAGUACAAUAACUCACUAAAAAGAUGGAAUCUUAUUUUAAAGACAUGACUAGUAUUGUCUUUAAUUAUCAUAAUUUAUUACCAAGCAGUUUGCCACAUUAUGUAUCUGGAAUCCUUUUUUGCAAGCCAGCCCUUGAAGUGUUUCGCCUCUAGAAUAUUCCUUUUUGAUUUCCCUUUUUUUUUUUUCUCCCUCCUUGAAUUUCCCUUCUCAUAUUAGCCAAAAUAUAAAAAAAAAAAAAACCAGAAAUCCCUAUUCCUGAUCAAAGUUAUCAAAGUAAGUUCUUUCACACAUCCUGGUUUUAAAUGUUGUUGUUUUUUCAUAUUUAUUCUUAAAUUUUUGGUUUGUUUCAGAGUGCACUCAUAUUUAAGAAUGUGAAGUUGUGUGGAUUCUGGGUGACUCAGUGGAAGAGAGAUAGAGCUCACAGUGAGUAUAUGUAACACCACUUUUUUUUUGUUUUUGUUUUAAUAAUCAUUCCUAUUUUUGCACUCUUGCUCGCCGCCACUUUUGCCUUUUCGUAAUUGUAAAUCAGUCUGUUUUAUUUGAUCAUAACUUAAAUUGCCUGUUUUUCAAUUUACAAAUAUACCUUGUGUCUUGUAGACCGAGAGGAAGUUACAAAAAUGAUAAGAGACCUCUCCGAUUUAAUUCGUCGGGGGAAGCUUGUUACUCCUCCAUCAACAGAAUGGCCAUUGCAAGAUUUCGCAAAGGCUAUGCGUGAUGCUCAGACCCCAUUCCUGUCCCGUAAACAAAUCCUUAUAAUGUGAACAAGCGCUAUGAAAUCCAUCUCAGGAUUUUACUUCUGCCAUUUUGAUGCUAUAUCUAACUUCCAAGCUGUAGUACCUACAGUGUGUUUCCCUAUAUAUAACUGUGUGUAUGUAUAAUACUUAGUAUUGUUUUAAAAUAUAUGAGAAUGGCAAUACUUUUGCACUGUGUGAGAUUAUAUACAUGUAAAAUGUAUAUGUAAUUCCAUAUGCAAAAUAUUUGUGUGCAGUUAUACAUCCAGACAUUUAUGUAUAUGGUUUUAAAUUUAAUUAAAUGUGUAUACAGAUAUCUAUUUAUAGAUGUAUAUUUUGUCAGCAAAAAAAGGCUAUGAAUUGCAUCCGUUUGAUAAACGUAUAUAAAAUGAUGGGAUGUUAUCAGUAGUGUAUAUCAAUUGGCCAACAGACAAGAUUGGCCAAUGAUAAUGUCAAGAUUUAUUAUCCGGCAUUACAAUGUAAGAUGUGAAUUUAAUUUCUCUUUGUUUCUUGGAGAUUAAAGAAUAAGCACACCUGAUCAUGUGGUUAUU